CUAAAUCGACUCCACCCUUAGAUUGAUUAGAGUUUCUAAUUACUAGUCAUAUUAUUAAUCGUAGAAAUUCAAAUUGAACAUUCGCUCUUCUGUGUCAAUAAUUUAGUGCUCUUCCAUUUAUUACUUACAGUGUAUUUUUGUUUUAUUUUUUCAUGAUUUUGCAAUCACAUAACGGUACCUUACUUGUCCAGAUUAGUGGGGCUUGUUGGGUGAACUCGAACACGGCCUGAUAUAAAUAAAAUAGUAUUCCAGUAUAAUUACGAUGUUCCUAUUCUCAUGACAUUGCCUAUUUACUCGCGGUUGCAAUGCUUCGGUUUUUGAGUAGAAAACGAGGUCGGAACGACCCAAAAGCUCGUAACAUCAAAGCUGGGGCUGAACGUUUAAACCCUCCAAAUAAGCAUUGUAUGCAAUGCAGGGUUAUGCUUUUAGAUGGUACAGACCUAUGCAUUGAACUGUCGAAAAAAGCUGUUGGUAGUGAUUUAUAUGAACAAGUAUUUUAUUCAUUAGAUUUGAUUGAAAAAGAUUAUUUUGGUCUACAGUUUACUGAUGCUAAUCAUGUUCAGCAUUGGCUUGAUCCUACAAAAGCAAUAAAAAAACAAGUUAGAAUUGGACCACCAUAUACUUUUCGACUACGUGUUAAAUUCUAUUCUUCAGAACCAAAUAUGCUUCGAGAAGAGUUAACUCGUUAUCAGUUUUUUCUUCAACUUAAAUUAGAUAUACACGAAGGGCGACUUGAAUGCCUUCAGAGUACUUGCAUUGAGUUAGCAGCCUUAGCUUUACAAUCUGAGCUUGGUGAUUAUGAUGAAACUUGUCAUACUCCUGCUGUUAUAUCUGAAUUUAGAUUUGUACCAAAUCAAACUGAAGAUAUGGAAAUACAAAUUGUAGAAGAGUUUAAAAAAUGUAAAGGUUUGACUCCAGCUCAAGCAGAAACCAGUUAUUUAAAUAAGGUGAAAUGGUUGGAAAUGUAUGGAGUUGAUAAUCAUACUGUUUUAGGUAAAGAUGGAUGUGAAUAUGCUCUUGGUUUAACACCAACAGGCAUUUUAGUUUUUGAAGGACUUCAAAAAAUUGGACUUUUUUUCUGGCCAAAGAUUGGAAAAUUGGAUUUUAAGAAGAAAAAACUGACUUUGGUAGUUGUAGAAGAUGAUGAUCAAGGACGCGAACAAGAACAUACAUUUGUAUUUCGAUUACAUAAUGAAAAAGCUUGUAAACAUUUAUGGAAAUGUGCUGUUGAACAUCAUGCAUUCUUUAGACUUCGUGCCCCCGUUAAAGGUCCAUCUGCUAGGCAAAAUUUUUUCAGAAUGGGUUCACGGUUUAGAUACAGUGGCAAAACUGAGUUUCAAACAACUMAAUUAAAUAGAGCAAGAAGAACUGUUCAAUUUGAAAGAAGACCAAGUCAACGAUAUGCACGAAGACAAUCGCAUGUUUUAAGAGAAAGACAAAAAGAAAAAASUGAAAAGCCUAAAGCAGAAAAUGAAAAUGAGAAAAUGGAAAACAUUAAUAUUAUGGAUAAACCUCCAACUCCAAUCUUAGAUUCCAAAGAUAUUCAGCUUGAACCAACAUCMUCAUUAACCUCCAACUCUUCUGAUGUUGCUGAAGAUAGGUUAGACUCGUUAUUAAAGAGUUUAAAUAAAGACACUCCUUUAAUAAACAGCAAAAUAAAUGAAUCAAAUUCAAUUGAUAUUAAUAAAACUGAUGAUUUUGGUAAAGAUCAAAAUCAAUCAUCAUCUCCUUUACCGAACAAUCGAAACAUUUCAUUCAAUACUACUCCAAGACCAAUUCCUAAAGAACAUUUAAAGUGCAACAUUUUAAAAGCCAAAGUUGAAGAAGAAAUGAGAAAAUCUCCUUUGUCCAUGUUUGAUCCAUUAUCUAAAGUGACCAACUUACAAGAUAAUAAUUUACUACAUAAUGGGGAAUGCAAUGUUAGUUGUAAAUCAAAUUCUUUUGGGAAAGAACAAGCAACAUUUGUGUCUGUUGGUGGAGACAAACUGACAUUAUCCCUUAAUGGUGGCAUUGCAGCACCAGAAGAAACUAAACAACCAUUGGAUGAGAUACCUAUAACUGAAACAUCUGUGUCUAAAGAUGACCGUAAAAGAUGUGCUACUCCAGUAACAGUGACCCAUUUUUCUUUUGGUGAAUGUGGGAAAUUAGAACAAAGGGUAGUUUCUCCYGAAAGAAGUCCUACAGAAAGUAUGUCAAGCAUUUUGUCCUUACCAUUUAAUGCUACUUCUCCUACUAGCCCUCGUAACCCAUUUUCGGCAAAUCCGUUUAUUGGUGAUUCGCAAACAGCAACGACAAAUCCAUUCUUAUCACCAUCAUCAAAUCCAUUUGCUGAUAAUGGUAUGAAAAAAGAUUCAACUAAUGAUGUUGUAGUUGCUAAUGAAUCAAAUACUGGCAUAAAUGGUAUAACAAAUUCUAAUACUAAGGUAGCUCAAAAAAACCAGGAGCAGCUUACUAAGGUGAAGCCUUUAAAUCAGAUUUCCCCAUGGUUAAUUAGUAGUGGUGCUGAGACUUCAUCUGUACCCAAAAUAAUAACUAGGAAGUCUGUGAUCACAACACAACUUUAAAAAUGGUAUGUAUUUGAGAACUUUAUAUUAUUCACUGUUAUAUCAGAAAUGUUAGAAAUGCUAUUAAGUAUUAAGAAUUUAAUAAUAUGUUAUUUUUUAAUGUUUAUUUUCAAAAUUAAUUUGUGAUAGAAAAUACAAAACACCUGAAUAGAAAAAUAGUUAGGUAUCACAACUUUUAAUAUUAGGCAUCACAGAAUUUUUCCUUGUAUGCAAUAUUUUAAUAUUCUUAAUAAAAUUGAUCUCUUUAUUCUUU